AUGAGUCAACCUUCCCGCCACCCGGGCUUCGCUCCCAUCGGGAAAGCCCUCGGCAUUGGAGAUGGAAGAAUGCAGUUAAAGGGUGUAGUCUUCGAUAUGGAUGGUACAUUAUGUAUGUCUGAGAGAUUUCGCGAGUUUCAGUGGCUUUGGCUUACCAUCUGAGGAAGGCGAACCGCAGAACUACAUGUUCGGAGAAAUGAGAGCCGCGCUGGGCAUCUCCAAACAAGUCGAUAUUCUGGAUCAUAUCCACGCUCUGUCAGAACCUGAACAGACGGAGGCUUUUGCGAAAGUGCAAGAUAUUGAGCGGACGGCGAUGGCGAAGCAAGUCCCCCAGGCUGGGCUAGUGACGUUGAUGGAGUUUUUGGACCGGAAUGGGAUUCGAAAGGGGAUCUGCACGAGGAAUUUCGAGUCUGUGGCACCGCAUAUCCACGAAAGCUGAUCGCUGACGAUACGCAGCGCGCCGGUCAGCCAUCUCCUCCAGAACCACGUUCCGAGCCAUCUGAACCCUUUUGCGCCGGUCAUCACGAGGGACUUCAAGCCCCCGAAGCCCUCUCCGCACGGAAUUCUGCACAUCGCUCAUGCUUGGGGUAUCGUGGAGUCUGCAGAAGUUCCGGCAUCGCCUCUUCCGUUGCCCUUGAUUAUGGUUGGAGACUCGGAGGACGACAUGGCCGCUGGCCGAAGCGCGGGGGCGCUGACCGUUCUGCUGAAGAGUGAAGGGAAAGAGGAUCUGGUGGACGAUGCAAGGACCGAUGUUGCCGUCAGUCGACUUGAUGAGCUCGUUGAGCUUCUAGAGGAUGGUGUUUGGCCGGAGAGAAGAUGA